UAGGGUUUGGUUUGUUUAACUCUUUAACAGAAAACUGAGAAAAUAUAAAUGUUCUGGAAAUCUGUGGUAACUGUUCUGUAAGUGCUUUCUAACAGUGCUCAGGUAGUGGAGUGCUUUCUGUGAGGAGAAGGUAUUUCAGGUUAUAAGGUGUUUCCUUUCAAAGAGAGCUGCCCACAUGUUGAGCUGAAGUGACAUUUGUCAGUGUGUUACCAAGACACCACUGAGCUGGGAUUGUGACUUCUGCAGGCAUGGUGCAAUGCUGAGCAAUGGAUAGUUCUGACCCUGGGAGGUCCUCAUCUUCUGCAGUACAGGCAGAGAAAACUGGGUGGAUGUAGCAGACAUUGUGCAGUGCCCAGACAGGGCAGUGAGGGUUGGAUCCAUCAGUUUUGUGCCAAUACUGUCAGCUAUGAUACAAGUAUCACAGACUAGGCUUGCAGCACGCGAAGAAUAUAAUAGAAGUCAUCAGCCACCUUGUACUCACAGACAGAAUGUGGAAAGAUACAAGAAUUUUGUUCUCUUGCCUUUAUUGAAGAGGAGGUUUUGUCAGGAAUGCCAGCAAUUGCUAUUGCCAGAUGAAUGGGAAAAGCACUCAAGUCAUCAGUUCCUGUAUGACAUCUCCGCUGCCCAGUUAAGAAGUCCCAGUCAACUUCUGUAUCCACUAGAAAAUAAAAAAACAAAUGCACAGUAUUUAUUUGCAGACAGAAGUUGCCAGUUUCUACUGGACCUUAUUAUUUCACUAGGAUUCAGACGAGUGCUAUCUGUUGGAACACCUAGGCUUCAUGAAAUGAUCCAAUCAAAAGCAUCACAAGAAGACAACUUCAGGGUUAGAAGCCUUCUGCUAGACAUUGACUUCAGGUAUUCACAGUUUUACACAGAGGAUGAAUUCUGCCACUACAACAUGUUUAAUCAUUAUUUUUUUGGUGGAGAGGCUGCACAUGAAACCUGUAGGAAAUUCUUACAUGAAGAGAAAGAUGAAAGAGUAAUUAUGGUGACUGAUCCCCCAUUUGGAGGUUUAGUGGAAGCACUGGCUUCUAGUUUUAAAAAACUGAUGGCGAUGUGGAAGGAUACAGAAAAAGGAGGUAAUAAGGACCAAGAGAUGCCCAUGUUCUGGAUAUUUCCAUACUUCUUUGAGUCCCGUAUUCUUGAACUUUUCCCAAGCUUCAGUAUGAUGGAUUAUCAGGUAGAUUAUGAUAAUCAUGCACUGUAUAAACAUGGUAAAACAGGUCGCAGACAGUCCCCUGUCCGUAUCUUCACAAAUCUGUCCCCGAAGGUGAUUGUACUUCCUGCAGAAGAGGGGUACAGGUUUUGUGCUAUCUGUCAGCGAUAUGUUAGUUCUGGCAACCACCACUGUGAAAUAUGCAAUUCAUGUACAUCAAAAGAUGGCAGGCGCUGGAAACACUGUGUUCUUUGCAAGAAAUGCGUGAAACCCUCUUGGUUUCACUGUACCAAAUGCAACUGCUGUGCUCUGGAAAACCACAGCUGUGAGCAGACUGAUGUAGGCUGCUUUGUUUGUGGCAAGGCAGGUCACAAACGCAGCUCCUGUCCCAGCCUCUCCCACACCGGAACAACUCACCAAGCUGGAAAAGGCAGAAAGCAAAGACAGAAAACUGUAAGAAAUCUAAAGAAGGCAAAGCUGGGUGUCUGUAGAAGAUGGGCCAUGAAGCACGCCGUGUUCUCCAGGAGGAUAAAGAAGAAAAAAGAUGGGACUAAUUGAUACAACAUUGUUAAAGAUGUAUAUAUAUAUAUAUAUAUAUAUUAUGGCCAGACUUUCUACAAUGUUAAUACCAACGUUCAAAAUAAAACCUGAUCCAA